AAGUUCCCCUUCUGGAGAGCGACUGUGCAGGAGAGGAACAGGGCUUUGGGGUGUGCUGAAUCUUUGGAGACAAUUGCUGCACCUCACUUUGGGGGUUGUAGAGGCCCACAGGGUCUGCUGGUGGAACUGCCAUGGCGGUGAAUGUGAAUCUCAUGGGUCCCGCUCCAUGGGGCUUCCGCAUCACAGGGGGACGGGACUUCAGGAAGCCCAUCACUGUAUCUAAGGUGACUGAGCAUGGCAAAGCAGCUCUAGGUGACCUUCGUCCUGGUGAUGUCAUAAUCUCCAUCAAUGGAGAGAGCACUUCCGAGAUGCUCAAUGUGGAAGCACAGAACAAGAUUAAGCAGAGCUCUGGGCAGCUGCAGCUGCAGGUGGACAGGUCUCAACAGUUUUCUCCCAGUCAGACAAAUGGUGAGAGUUCAGCAGAGUUGUUGUCCAUACGGUUUCAGGAUGUUGUCAGAACCAGAGAUGAUGGUCAGAACUCAGUGAGAUCUUCCUACUCCAGCCCAGCCUCCAUCAGCCCACGGCCCAGCAGUCCCUACUCUCCUUCAUCUCCUGGAUACCGAGCUGGUAGCCCAUACAGUCCCCAGAGGCCUGACCUACCCGGUGAGGACAGAGGGGAAUCCGUGGUGAACAGCCGCAGCUUACAUUCUUUGGAGAGCUCAUUGGGAAUCUCUGAUGAAAUCUACGGGCAGCAGCAUUCAAGCAGCAAGCAGCAGCUGCAGGAGCAAAGGAGCAUCAGCCGCUCUAGUGGAUCUCCAGUUACAGUUCUGCUUCCAUUAAAUGGAUCUCCGUCCCCUGGAGCAUAUUCACCCCGCAGCCCUUGGGAGAUCAGGAAGGACCAGGACCGGAACUCCUCUUCCUACCAGCGCCGUUACAGUCUAGAUACAGAGCCAGCCAUGCGCCAUUUGGAAGGGGACUCGGAGGUCUACAAAAUGAUGCAAGAAAAUCGUGAAACCAGGGCUCUGCCGCGGCAAUCCAGCACCUUCCGCUUGCUCCAAGUGGCUCUGGAGUUGGAUGAAAAAGGGGGCUCCGUCACUCACUUUCCCAGCCCGCUGUCUCCCAGCGCCCAGAAGCCGGUCAGCAGUUCCAUGGCAGGCGGCGCCCAGAAGCUGCAUGUGUGUGAGAAGUGUGGCAGCAGCAUCAUGACCCAGGCAGUGAGAAUCCAAGAGAACCGCUACCGCCACCCCUCCUGCUACAUCUGCACCGACUGCGGCCUCAACCUGAAGAUGCGGGGCCACUUCUGGGUUGGCGAAGAGAUGUACUGCGAGAAGCAUGCCCGCCAGCGCUACCAGGGGGCAGCAGGGGGCAGCCCGGUCACAGCCGUCUACUCCCAGUCCUAAACUGCCCAUUGGCAUGCAGGAGAACGAGCAAGAAGGAAGCUGGUGUUUCCACCACCCUGGAGCCUUCUUCCCAACAUCUACUCCGUGUGACUUCCAGAGGCGUCCCUGGGUCUAUUUCGAUUGCCUAUCAGACCUUUCGCUUCAUGCACAAUCCCAGCCAGUCAGGAUUCUGCCUGCUGAGACAUAUAGGGAAGAGGAAGCCAGAAGGGCUCAGGGAUCUAGGGAACAGGCAGGGAGCCCCUCUAGGGAAAUGGCAUUUUCAGCUUCCGGCCUAUUUCUUAGAAGGGCAAAUGUCUUCAUAGCACAAGCUUGGUCACGUUGGGCACUAAGCAUCUUCUGGAGGGAUGAUUUGCAGGAAUAGCCGAAAUUUCCUCUCUGCCAAGCUGUGCCUGCAGAGGGUCUGUUUGGGGCACCCCAUGGAACGCAGUGGUGCUGCCCCUGCCCACUCCUGUCCCAUGGGUAGUGGAAGCCAAACCCAAGUGGCUCUUGCUGCUUGCAGGGUAACUAAGCCAUGCUAUUCCCUUCUGGGUCUCUAGCGCCUCUUUCUCGCCACAGCUGCCUACUUUCCUGUGUCAAUGUAGAGAUGGAAGAGGAAAGAUUAGGGGUGUCACUGAAGCACUAGGUACUGGGGUGGCAUGGACGCAGCUUUGAAUACUGACUCUCUGUAAAGCUUCUAUAAAAUAAUCAGCCAGAUCUCUAUAUGAAAUAUAAUAUAUAUGUUGUAUGUAUAAUGUA